AUGGCAACCCCCCUUAUCACACGCAUCGAACGCGAGGACGUAGAAGACACCCUUAAUCCCCGCGGCUGGCUAACAGAUACCGCCAUCCGCACCAUAAUCAACUACUACGGCAACACCUCUCCCAGCUCCCAUAUAACAUUCGUAAAUCCCACCUGGCUAGGAACGUGGGAACGCAUGGGUAGAGUCCUCCCCGACCCUCUACCUGCCUUCCUCACUGGCCGCAACCAAGGUGGCCACCGGCCCGUCGGUCUCGCAAUCCCGUUUAACGAGGAUAACGGGCAUUGGACUACCAUCUAUGUCAAUCUCGAGGCUAGGGGAGCUAUAUAUUUCAACUCUCUACCUAGUUGGGGAAGCCGGAGAGCGGAGGAGGUGAUGCAUGCGUUCUUCGAGAGGUUCGAACUUUUCUUUCAAGGGACAGGACCAUUUAGGUUUGAAGUGGACGAUAGAUGUGCGACACAGAACAAUUUGAGUAGUUGCAGUAUAUACACUAUCCGGAACACAUUAGAUCUGAUGGACCAUAGGAGACCGGAUUGGAAGGCUCUAAGCAGGGAAGAGGAAGGAAAUUUCCGGAGGAACGCGGCGUUUUUGUUGGAGUCUAAUUUGGGGGCGUUGGAGAUUCCGGCGUCGAGGAGGGAGGGGAAGGGGAAUACGGCUCCUGAUCAGGGGGGCCCGAAGAGUCCGCCUGCGUUUGGGGCUUGGCCGUAUAAUUUUUAUAAUGGGAAGGCUGCUUGGGGGACGGAGAAUUGGGAUACGAAGCCCAAGAAUCCGAAGAAGAAGAUUGAGGAUGAGAAGUGGAUCAACUGGUGA